GAGUCGGGGAGCUCUCCAAGAUGCCACCUUCGCGCAGCUGGCGCUCACCAUCCGAAAAGAAGGGAUCGAGUUCGUGCCCGUGAACGAUGGCUCCUUCCAGUUCCCUUCGCCAGAGUUCUACCGAAAGGUGGAAGGAGGGGACAUCGCGAUCGCCGGAUUGGCGAUCGAAGUGGGCCCCAGUUUAGCCAAAGCUUAUCAGGCCAUACUUUCAAUCCUCGCCUUGCCCUUCGCUCCACAUGGAUCGAGUGGUAUCCUGGACAGGCAAGUCGCCCAGAUCUGCCAGAGGUUUCGCAGCAUGGAGGAUUCGCCACAGAAAAGGUCUUUACUCCAUCUCCUGCAUCCGCAGACACCGAUGACAUGA